AUGACAACCAGCAUGCAUCAUCAAGUUGAUGAUCAAAUGACACUCAUUUCUCAGUAUUAUCCAGACAUAUGCAGCCUACUGGUUCCAGAACAAGGGGAGGCUACUAAACCGAGAAGAAGACGCAAGAAAAGCAAAGGAGAAGCUAGUAGCAGCGGAGUGAGAAAGAGAAAGUUGAGUCAUGAACAAGUUGAUCUUCUUGAGAAGAGCUUUGGAAAUGAACACAAAUUGGAGUCUGGGAGAAAAGACAGGAUUGCUUCUGAGCUUGGACUUGAUCCACGCCAAGUAGCGGUUUGGUUUCAGAACAGAAGAGCGAAAUGGAAGAGCAAGAACCUGCAGGAGGCGUACUCCAAGUUAAAGACGGAACAUGAGGGCACUGUUAUCGAGAAAUGCCGGCUUGAAACUGAGCUCAAGGAACAGCUGUCAGAAGCACAGGGGGAGAUUCAGAAGUUAUUGGAGCGCUGUGAUGGGGUUUCAAGCAACAGCCCUAGUUCAUCAUUCUCAAUGGAAGUAAUGGAGCCACCUUUUCUUGGGGAGUUCGGGAUGGAAGGAUUGGAAAAUGUGCCCUAUGUGACAGAAAACAACUAUAUUCAUGGACUGAUGGAGUGGUUGAAUCUUUGUGAUAUGUGA